UCUACACAAACCUUCUCAGCUUCCCUUCAGGAAGUCCAGAUAAAAUUCAACACAGGAAUUGAGUUUCAGUUCGGUUUAAAUGAACUGUCAGGAGGAAUUUUGGUUGUUUGCUGCUUUGACCUUAAACCAAAAGGUCUCCUAGACGUAGCGCUCCUGUUUUGACAGCAAAUAAACGUGAGCAGGUUUAUAAACCAGGACAGCUUUCAUUUGCUCAGCCUUUCCAAGGUGUUGUCUCUUAUUAUUUCAUCUAUUUCUCUGCUGCCUUUCCAUCAAACGGACCCAGAGUGGUGUUGGUCUCUGGAGAUGACCCGAUCAGCGGCGAGGCGCUCUGAUCCGCUCUGUGACCCGAACGCCCCGCGGGCCGGAGGAGUCUGCCACCAGGAAGAAGAUAAAAGCUCCAAGAGCGUCUGACUCCAACAUGCAGAACCAGUUUAGAGAAAUGGACUUGGUUCUGCUGACGCUGCCUCAGAAGCUGAAAGAUGCUGACCUGGAGCUGAGCCCCGCCUCUUCCGGUCUGAGCCACGCCCCUUCCUGUCUAAACACCGCCUCUUCCGGUCUGAGCCCCGCACCUUCCUGUCUAAGCCCCGCCUCUUCCGGCCCCGCCUCUUCCUGCCUGAGCCCCGCACCUUCCUGUCUAAGCCCCGCCUCUUCCUGCCUGAGCCCCGCACCUUCCUGUCUAAGCCCCGCCUCUUCCUGCCUGAGCCCCGCCUCUUUCAACCGCAGCCUUCAGAUUAACUGCGGAUGUUGAGGCGGCCUGCCGGCUGCUGGGCCGUUUCCAAAACCUCCGGCUCCGAUCGGACACACGAUCACAUGAGAUAAGAAAAUCAGAGAAAUUCUGACUCUGGGUUUUGGUAUCACAAUCUCUGUUUUGUUAAUCUUCAUGUAGUUCUGUCUCUUUUUCUUAUCUUUUGUAGAUAAAACAGGGAUUUCUGCCUGACUGUAGAUAAUUAUUACUUCUAAUGAGGCGAGAUAACAGAUUAUCUCUUC